UUUAUCCGGUCUUUCCGGAAAUAUCAACAUGCCAGCCAAAAAGAAGGGGAAGAAGAAGGUAGCAGCGGCUCCACUCAAGGCGAAGAAAGCCUUAGAGCCGAAAAAGGUUGUCAAUCCCUUGUUUGAGAAGCGACCGAAAAACUUUGCCAUUGGUCAGGACAUACAGCCUAAAAGGGAUUUGAGCCGAUUUGUGAAAUGGCCCAAGUACGUCCGUCUUCAGAGACAGCAUGCUAUCUUGUUGCAACGAUUGAAAGUUCCGCCUCCAGUCAACCAGUUCAGACAGGCCCUUGACAGACAGACUGCUACACAAUUGUUCCGCCUUCUGGACAAGUACCGACCUGAAACAAAACAACAGAAGAAGGAACGGCUCAAGGCGAGAGCUGAAGAGCGGGCCAAGGGGAAGCCAGAUGCACCUACCAAGCGACCCCCAGUUGUGCGGGCUGGAACCAACACCGUGACAACCCUCGUGGAACAGAAGAAGGCUCAGCUGGUCAUAAUUGCCCACGAUGUUGAUCCACUAGAGCUUGUGUUACACCUGCCCGCCCUGUGUCGCAAGAUGGGUGUCCCAUACUGCAUUGUGAAGAGCAAGGCCCGUCUAGGACAGGUCGUCUACAGGAAGACCACCUCAUGUCUGGCCCUGGCUGCAGUGAACCCUGAAGACAGAAACGCCCUCAACAAACUGACAGACGCUGUGAAGACCAACUACAAUGACAGAGUGGACGAGAUCCGCAAGCACUGGGGUGGUGGUAUCAUGGGCAGCAAGUCCCAGGCCCGCAUUGCCAAGCUGGAGAAGGCAAAGGCCAAGGAAAUCGCUCAGAAAAUGGGCUGAGAACAGCACUGUGUAUUUAUUUGUCUGGCCAAUAAAGCCCUUCUUGAGAGAGACUA